UGAGUAUUUUCAUUGAUGUCUGCUUUGUUUUUCCUAAAUUUUUGUAGAUUACCUUCCACGGCUGCUCUCAGAGAAGAAGGAUUAUGCCCAUUGAUGCCUGAGGAAACGGUGCUUAUGCUUGCAGCCCUUGGUUUCAACCGAAAAACGCGCAUUUAUCUGGCAGGAGCACAUAUUUACGGAGGGAAGUCAAGAUUGACUGCAUUAACUACCUUGUUUCCUAAUCUGGUUACUAAAGAGAACCUGCUCUCUUCAGCUGAAAUUGAACCAUUUGCAAAUUUUUCAUCUCAGUUAGCAGCACUGGACUUUAUCACUUGCACAGCUGCAGACAAUUUUGCCAUGACAGACUCGGGGAGUCAAUUUUCAUCGUUGGUAUCUGGUUACAGAAUCUAUUAUGGUGGGGGAGAAAUGCCAACAAUUCGGCCAAACAAACGCAGGCUUGCUGACAUAUUUGUUAAGAACAACACGAUAGAGUGGAGCGUGUUUGAGAAAAGAGUAAGGAAGGCUGUGAGACAAACCAAAAGGGUUUUCUCACGUCCUACUGGUCGGAGUGUGUAUAGAUAUCCACGGUGUCCAGAGUGUAUGUGCAGUGACCAGCCCUGAUGUACUUUUUGGCGACUUUCUGUUAGCAUUUAGGCAGUGUAUUUGUAGGUAAAACAUUCUUUCGUAAACAUUCUUUUGGGCUUUUGAUAUCAGAUUUUACUGGAGGUCCAAGAAUAGAGGUUGAUUCAGUGUACAAAUAUAAAACAAACUUCAAUUUGAGAAAAGUGGACUAUUUAUUGCUUUCGAUUCCUC